UCUCUCUCUCUUUGUCUCUCUUUCUGUUGUUAGCCGCCUUGGGUCCCACUUUGGGAGAAAGGCGGGAAUAAAAAACGGAAGCGCAAUGCUCUGCCCGCCGGCGCCCUGCUGUCGCCAAGGGUGGCUUCUUCGCCCGCCUCACUGGAGAAACCACCCGGUUCGGCACCGCUUUAAAAGUCUUGGCUGAAGGCUACGGAAUUCUGGGAGUUGGAGUUAGUUGCGUGGCCCAAGACAGACGCCAACGCCCAGAAUUCCACAGCCUUCAGCCAAGGCCCUUAAAGCGAUGCCAAAGCGGGUGCUUUCUCCCGUGAGGACGCAGCCCGGCUGAUGCCUUGCGUCAGCUCCAGGUUUCCGGGGAGGAGAGAGAGGCGAGGCGGCAGCAGAAGAAGGAGCCGGGCUUCGUCGGGAGAGAGAGGGAGGGAGGGGAGGAGCCCAGGGGAGGGCCGGCCUUGGAGAACGCCGCCGCCGAGGCUGCUGCUGCUGCUCCUUCGGAACCUUCGGGGGCAGCCUUCUCUUUGGGAACCUCGGGGGCGCUCUUUGGAAGGCGGAGGCGGGGCUCCGGGGCUGCUCUUCUUGGCCUCGGUUUCCUUGGGCGGCGAGGGGCGAGGAGGAGGAGGAGGAGGCGCUGCCGCCGCCGGGGUCCUCCCUUCUUCGAUGGUGGCUCCCGACCGACAUGAGCCGCCCGUCCUCCGCCGGACCCAGCGCUAGUAAGGCUUGCGGCAAACAGCAGCAGCAGCAGCAACAGCAGACUCCGGCGGCGGCUGCUGUUGCUGCUCCAGCUGCUGCUGCUGCUGCUGCUGCUGCUGCCGCCAGCACCCCCAACCCUGCCGCCUCUAGCCUCUCGGCUGCCGGAGCCGGGCCCUCGGCCAACGCUGUGCUCUCCGGCCCCGGAGGAGGAGGAGGAGGAGGGGUGGGCGAAGGGGGCCCGGUCUCCCCGCAGCAGCAUCAGCAUCACCAGGAGCUGACCUCCCUCUUCGAGUGCCCGGUCUGCUUCGACUACGUGCUGCCCCCCAUCCUGCAGUGCCAGGCCGGGCACCUGGUCUGCAACCAAUGCCGGCAGAAGCUGAGCUGCUGCCCCACCUGUCGGGGCUCCCUCACCCCCAGCAUCCGCAACCUGGCCAUGGAGAAAGUGGCCUCCGCCGUCCUCUUCCCCUGCAAGUAUGCCACCACAGGCUGUUCUUUGACUCUCCAUCAUACAGAGAAGCCAGAACAUGAAGAUAUUUGUGAAUUCCGCCCUUACUCAUGCCCGUGUCCUGGUGCAUCCUGCAAAUGGCAAGGCUCAUUGGAAGUCGUCAUGUCACAUCUCAUGCACGCCCACAAGAGCAUCACAACCCUCCAAGGAGAAGACAUUGUCUUCCUUGCUACAGAUAUUAACUUGCCAGGGGCCGUCGACUGGGUGAUGAUGCAGUCUUGCUUUGGCCAUCACUUCAUGCUGGUGUUAGAAAAACAGGAGAAGUACGAGGGCCAUCAGCAGUUCUUUGCUAUUGUCUUGCUCAUUGGCACCCGCAAACAGGCAGAAAACUUUGCGUACCGACUCGAACUGAAUGGCAACCGGAGGAGGCUGACUUGGGAGGCUACGCCACGCUCCAUCCAUGAUGGUGUAGCAUCAGCCAUCUUGAACAGUGACUGUCUUGUUUUUGACACUGCCGUAGCACACCUUUUUGCAGACAAUGGGAACCUUGGAAUCAAUGUGACUAUUUCUACAUGUUGUCCGUGAUCUUUCUGUGUAUUUUAGCGUGAUCACACAGUUGUCUGGACAUAGUGUUUUUUGUUUGUUUUGUUUGUUUUACCAAUUUUUUUUUUAAAUACUGGAGUUCAGCUAUAGUUCUUAUAUGGCUGCUCCCACUAAUGCGAUUAACAAUCAUAUGAGAGGAGACCAAAGUCACGCCCGUAGGUGUGCCAUUGUGGCCCCACCAUCCAUAUCUUUGGGUAGCAGGCUGUGGAGGGAUUCUAUCCCAUACACAGUGCCCCCCCCCCAAAAAAAAAGAUACAGUACCCCAAUGUGAUGGUUAAUUGCAUAAGGGGGAGCAUCCAAAUAGGAAUCAUGUCUUCAUAAAUGGUUCUUGCUUAGCCUCCCAUUUUGCAAUUCCCUUUAACUGGUGUUUCAAAAAUUCUGUUAAUAGGACAUUACAUUACUGUAAAAUGAUACUGUCCUAUACAGUAAUAAUUUUGAAAGGAAGUGAGGAGUUACUGUUUCCACCAAUGCCACUGGGUGUUUUUUGGAUGGGGGGGGGAGUGAUUCUCUUCUUGAAAGGCAAAGUUUUCUUACCUCUGCAAAAUUGGAAGAGAAGGGGCGAGGUAAACAUGCGAGAUGGCUAUCUUGUGCUAAAAGCAAAUAGGAGAGACCCUAUUUUGAAGGACCAGUCUCCCCUGCCCUCCAGUAAUUCAGUGAAAACAGAGACAUGGUACACCAGAGUAGUUCUAGCUCAGCAUCCCCCCCAUGUGGUUAUUUUCCCACUUGUGGGAUUAUUUAUUUAUUUUUAUGUAAGGGAGCUUUUAAAAAUGACAUUUAACCUCUAUCCUUUAGCAGUAUGCGCCAUUUCAGUUACCUCAGAACUCUGCUGGCACCUACUGCAUUUGUAGGUGAGACCACAUUAAAUUCUGGGGUGCAAAUGGUUCUUUAUAAGCUCCUUAACCAGCCUGGUGGCAAAAUAAUAUCUUGGAAGAGUUACCUUUUUGGACUGCAGCUCCCAACCCCCCCAAUUCUGCCUUGGGGUAUUCUAGGAACUGUGGUCCAGAGAAGUAAUGUUCUUCUAAGCUAUGAAUGAAAACAAAAGGAAAGAAGAGGAAAAUACUGAUUAUGGGAUUGUGGUUAGAUUUGUGUUACUAUAUAAGACUUUGAAGACAUACCACCACACAGAGGACUUCAGAGACUUUAACACAGUUUCACAGCUUGGUAUUUAGGGAGAGAAGGUACUUUUGUGAAUUGGUUGCACUUGUUUCUAUGCUUCUGCUAAUAAGUUGUCUCUCUUUUUCUUUUUUGUUUAACUGAUAUGUUUGUUCUGUUACAGCAAAAUAGUUGCACACACCUGCAAAAUAUGUGACCCCUUUGCCAUCCAUCCCUUUCAGCAAAAGCUGCAGAGGCUCAACAAGUUUGUGAGAGAGAUGCUUAGUUAUGGGGUGGCAAAAACCAAGAUGCCUUUUGAGCAGCUAAAAGCAGGCCCCAUCUAUAAAUAUAUUCAGGUUGUUUACAUGUGGCUUCCCCUUUGGGAAGACAUACUGACCAUACUUGACGCUAAACUUGUAAAGACUGACUUAGAAUAACACAGAAGAGAUACGGUGGUUGUCUUGUCUUCUGCUAUUUAAGUUGGGGUUUGUUGAUGUUUGUUGCCAUAUUUACUUUAGUUUUUUAAAAUAAAUAUUUUGCAAAAAUAGCUUGUGUUGCCUGUCCAACUCACUUGAAGAAAACAAAGUGUCAGUCACAUGUGGGUACCAUCACACACACACACACCAAAUAUAGCUUAGUGGUAAAGCAGAUUCUUA